GUAAAGUUAAAGAAAUGUGUUCGAAACUCAUUACCUGUGCACUGAUUUUAGCCCACCUCUUGGGCACCAUCUACUGCGGGGUAUACGAUACUACAGAUCUCUGGAUACUUUCCGACAAGUCGAAGAAUUUCCCCGAUAACGCUGUUCUGGGCGGCAUCGAUUCAUACGGCUAUGACAACUACGUGGCACGCGUCCCAUAUGCAAGCUCGAUUGUGCCAGCCCGUGUUAGGUCCGAAACGGGAUACGCCACUUUUAACACCGAUGCGGUGGCUAAUCAGGCGAUUUCCUAUGAGUUGCUGGUCGCCAAUGAGACCGUCAGCUAUCAUUGGGUGCGCAGUUACGAUGGCUUCAGGGAAAGGAAUGCUGUUUCUGUGGGCACAAGCGACCUAAACGAACGCGUUUACGUCUGCCGCGCCAGAACCAAUGGCGGUAUUUUCAUUGGCACCCUGUAUCUUGCGCAAAAGGUGUGUUUCAUCCGGUACGAGAAUUUCCCUAUGAGACAGAUCAGUAAAUACGAGGUACUGGUCCGACAAAGUACGCCGGCAGCGUGGAUGCCAUUUGACAAUCAAAUUAACUAAUAAAUA